AUGGGUACACGGAUCAAAGGAUCUGUGCGCCAUCUUUACGAAUUGUUUUGUGAAGUGUCACCAAUUAAGGAACCUUCAAUAAUACAAAAAUAUCCAGAAUCUUAUGACAAUGAAGAAAACUUAAAACACAUCCCAAAAUUUGCUUUCCCCUGCCCCCUUGAUAAAUCUUAUGUCCAACACUAUUCUUUUGUUCUGACCUCAGUAGAUUCUAAGUACACAUUUGGAUUCUGCCGAUAUGAUCCGAAGGCUAACACAACUCUGCUUCUGUUAUCACACAUUCCAUGGCAUGAUAUUUUUUAUAAAUUAUUAAACUGCAUAGCAAACUUACUAAACAGUCCUGAGCGUGGUGAAUUGAAAUCAUUUUUGGAAGCAUGCAGAAUUCGGCCCCCAAUGCCUGGAGACACCUUAAAAGUGACAUAUAAUGCUAGUCACAGUGUGUUCUCUUGUCAGUGUCCAGAUGAAAAAUUACCAAGUAUUCCGGAGAAUUGUAACCUCACGGAAUUCUUCAGUGCCUUAGACGCUGAUUGCAUGAUUGGUUUAUGGGCGGCAUUAUUAAAUGAGCGUCGGAUAGCAUUAGUUGCUUCGAAACCAUCGCGCCUAUCUGCAUGUGUGCAAGCUGCUAAUGCAUUGUUAUUUCCUAUGUCCUGGCAACACAUAUACAUUCCAAUAGUUCCCAAAUUUUUGGUGGAUUACCUGCUUGCUCCAAUGCCAUUUCUUAUCGGAGUUCCUAGAAGUGUUUUUGAGACGGUGAGAAUGUCAGAUCUCGGUGAAAUUGUGAUAAUAGAUAUAGAUACAAACGAAUUAAGAUCUCCAUUUAAUGACUCUGAAAGUCUUCCGCACAUGUUGGUUGUAAAUUUAAAAAAAUCUCUAGGCGAUAAAAAUGCAUUAGGUGACGCUGUAUCAAGAGCGUUUCUUCGUGCGUUAGUUUGUUUGAUUGGAGGAUAUAGGGACGCAAUUUGCAUAGAGAACGAACAAUUUGAAUUCAGUUCUGAAACAUUUCUAAAGACACGAAAACAUAUGCAACAAUUUCUUAGUAAAAUGCUGGAGUCCCAAAUAUUUCAGCAAUUUAUAGAAGAGAGGCUGGACCUCAUUAACUCCGGGAAAGGAUUUAACGAUGAAUUCGAAAUUGAAUGCAACUUCUAUUAUGACAAAAGUAGCUCCAGUAGCGGUCAAAAGCUAAAGCAACAAUACAAGGACUGGGCUAAAAAUGUUAAGAAAGAAGGUGGUGCCUUUUUCAAAACUGUCAAGGAUAAGGCGAAUCCCGCGGUCCAAUCGGCGGUGAAGACGGUUCGGCAAGGAGGUAAAAACGUGAAGUCGGCUGUAAAGGGAUUGAAGAUUAAAAUGCCUAAAUCGCGGUCUCGUCCUUCUUCCGUCACCACAACAGAUGAUAGCAGAUUCUCCUGCGGCUCAGUAACGCCGGUGUCUACAUCAUCUGACUCUUCCCCGACGAAUGUACGCUCUCACGAACCACCGUCCACAGCAUCCCUUGAUCUCUUAACCGAGAUGGAGUUCCUUCUUAAUAGAAACGACAAUUUCCCUAGCGCCGAGCACAGCCCCGAAAUUAGCUUGCCCGACAAACCUAAAACCAUGUUACCACAAAUCCCACCUCGUUUACCGGCACGUCCCCAAACCCGUCACCGUUAUCCAAUUGUGUCAACCAAGAAAUUAAUAGAUUUUUCUGAAGCCCCGAUGCCUCCACCGCGGUCCAUACAGCCUCCUAAGGCGUGUUUCGUAAGCAAUAUAACAAGAAAUGAGCCAAAGGUGGCCGAAUUCCGUACGAGCACAUUCAGCUUCGCAGAAGGAACUAAUAAGCCCAAAUUACAAUUAACCGUGAAGCAAACACGACCUAAUUGCAAUGGGAAUGCACAACCCAGGGCUGUGCAAGAAAAGCGGCCGGAAGCAAUGAGAACGGGACGUGUAGAGUCAUGUGACCCAGAUGUGGAUCUUAUUAAACUGGACGUUUCAUCGCCAGCUCUCGAAGACUUUGAUCCGCUCCGGUACCGAGAUAAAAAUGACCAAAUCGAAAAACUUAACACAACUACCGAUAGUGCGCUUUUACACGAGUACGGCUUAGAUUUCAGCCAAUUUAGUUUGAACUUCACGAGUAGUUCUAGUGACCAAGAGUCUAGUUCUAUGUCUAAGGGCUGGACGACAUUUAACUAG